GUUCCUAAGAUUUCUGGAGAAGAUGAUACUACUUAAUUGUUCCACCAAACUUCAGAUGCUAGAGCAAAUGCUGCGGAAUAACUUUCCUGAAUCGCUCAAGGUUUAUGGAGCCGUAAUGAACAUGAAUCGUGGAAAUCCCUUUCGGAAGGAAGUAGUAGUGGAUUCAUGGCCAAACUUUAAAACUGUAAUCACUCGGCGCCAGAAACAGGCUAAGACAGAUGACCUGGACCAUUAUACCAAUGCCUAUGCAGUCUUCUAUAAGGAUUUCAGGGCUUAUCAUAAGCUUCUAGAGGAGCCUGAUGUUAUCAACUGGGAGCAAGUCUUUCAGAUACAAGGACUCCAGGAUGGGAUAUAUGAAAUUUCCAAGGCUGUUGCAAACUCGAAACAAUUGGAUGUAAAUUUGACUUCUUUUAAGGCAGUCGAAUUUUCUCCUGUCCCUAUGCCAGAUGCCAAUUCCCGAGUGACAUCUUCCCCUCAGUUGUCUUAUCUGAGUGUUGCUGAGGCUGGUCUGCUAAACAGAACUUGGUCCCGGGGUGGAAAUGAACAGUGUCACCGGUACCUUGCGAACCUCAUCUACUGCUUUCCUAGUGCAUGUGUCCGAGAUGAAAAUGGAAAACCAGUUUCUUGGGGUCUUACAGACCAAUUUUCCACAAUGAUUCAUGGUUACACCUUGCCAGAGCACCGUAGGAAAGGCUAUAGCCGGCUGGUGGCUGUAACAUUGGCCAGGAAACUCCAAAGCCGAGGAUUCCCAAGUCAAGGCAAUGUCCUAGAUGAUAACACAGCAUCAUUAAGUCUUCUUGAAAGUCUUAAUGCUCGUUUUUUACCUUGCCGUUUUCAUAGACUUAUCCUCACACCUAAAGCUUUAUCUGUCUAGAUAGAUAUAUCCCUAAAGCAGAAUUGAUAUUCUUUCUACUUUUUCUAUCUAUGCAAUAUUUCCUUUCCUACCAGAGAGGAAGGAAUUGAAAUGGAAGUAUGAGAGUCCCAAUGUUGUCCCAGGGAAAAAACAAAAUAAAACAUGAAGGAUCAGAUUUAGGAAACCAUGAUUCGAUUCUUCCCAGACCCCUUUGGAAGUAAUUAAAAGUUCAGGAGCUAUCAAAAAGUAUUUUUGUCUGCCAUUAUUUGGUAUUCAGUUCAGGCAAUUUCAUGUUUCAGUUUCAUGGAUGGGCUAAUGUGGGAGUCAGCAGCCCUUUCUUAGCAUGCAUGACAAAUGCUAACAUCUCAGAAUAAAAGACUUGACACAUAAACAUUUGGCUACAGCUCACUUAGUAUAAUCCAGGUUAUUAACUCAAUUCUUUAACACUUUGGCUUCCCUAUAUUAAUCCCCAUAAUUUUCUUUCCAUCAGUUUUGAAAGUAUUAAUCUUUACUUUCUCUUUUCCUUUAUCGUAUUGGGACUCACCUUUUUGUCUCUAAGGAUUAAUUCCUAAGAGUCAGUAAAUAGAGUGCUGAGUGUGUAAUCAAGAAGAUUGGAGUUUAGAUGUAACCUCAGAUACUAGUUGUGUGAUUCUGUCUGACUGGCUUUCCUGAACAAUAAAAUAGGGAUAAUAAUAACACUUAUCUCAGGGGAUUAUUAUAAAGAUGAAGUGCUAAAUUUUUUAAGCACUUAGCACUUUGUUAAGACAGUGCCUGGCAAACAGAAAUCACUUAAUAAAACUUUGUUCUCUUCUUUCCCUUCACUUCCCGCCCCUUUCAUAAUCCACAUUCCUUGGAUGAGAGAAUAGUAUAUACUAUUUAACUUCUAAGCACUGGAUGUCGCUGUUACUGUUUCUAAGCCAAUUACUAUACAUCUCUCUGUUAUUUUACGACUUAUCUCCUUCCUUCCACUUGCCUUCCCCAUCUCUCCACUAGUUAACUUUAAAGGUAGAAACCUUUCUCAUUUAAGGCAAGGUUUGUAACUGUCUUUGGUCCUAGAUACAAGGAAAUGAAACCUUUAUGUUAUAGGAAAAAGCUUUGGCAGACAGAAUGAAAUACUUGAAUCUCUUUGGAUGUUUUUUUUUUAAUAACUUUUCAAGACUUCCAUCUGAUAAAAAUAAAACAAUUGUCACAAGAUGACCAUGCUAUCGAGUAGGAACUGUAAAUAGGACUGCAUAUUUUACCCUUGAGUAGGAGUCAGGAAAGACAUACUGGCAUCCAAUAAAUUUAAUUAUUCCAGGGACAAACAAAAAUAAGAAGAUUCAUAAUGACAAAUUGGUAGGGACUUUAUUGAAAGUUUAAUAUCUCAAUAGUUCUGCUAGUAUCUCUAGUAUCCUAAGGUUUUUAGCCUAUUCCCUAGAUUUAAGUCCCAUUUAAACAAAACGGGAUAUGAAUUCAUAGAUUUGGAGUCCAUAAAAUCUUAUUAAUCAUUUAUUCCAACCCUCCCAUUUAAUAGAUGGAAAAAAAACAGGUUCAAAAAAGUUAGGUGAGUUGCUCAAGUUCACAUAAGUAGAAAAUUAGCAGAAUGGAAGUUAGAAAGAGCUUUGACUCCAGAGUCAGAGUACUUGAGAGCAAAUCUAUUUUAUUUUAUUUGAACAUUGGACAAGUCACUUAAAUUUCUUUCAGUUUUCUCAUUGGUAAAAUUAAGGUGUUGGACUAUAUGGCUUUGGGGGAUAACUUUUUAUUUUUCAUUUAACAAAGAUCCAUGGCUUAAGAAGCCAGCCUCUCUGCCUUCCAAGUUAGCAUCCUUUCUACUAAGCCAUACUGCAUUCCUUAUGGAUAAAUAUUUGAGAGUCUAUGUGUGUAUAAUGUUCUAUUAAGAAAUAUAUAAUAUGCAUAUCUGUGGUAUGGCUUCUAUUCCUUAGCAUGAAACAUUCAUAAAGACAACUUCCAUAUAAUUUAAGGGAUGGGAAAUAGACUUGUGACUACAUUGAUGUAAAAACUCUUGGAAAAACAAAUCCCUUCUACUAAUGCAGGCCAACACCUUCUUUGAAACCUAAUCUUUAAAAAAUGCCUGGAACACUGAAAGGUUAAAUGAUUUGCCCAAUGUCACAUAGUAUAUGCAGGAAAAGAUAUACAAAGCCAGCAUGUUUCAGAAAUUGAACUUGAACCCAACUUUUCCUAAACAUACUUUCAGUUCUCUCUUCACUGUACCAUGCUGACUUUUACGUUUUAGAAGUCAUCAAAUCAAUACAUUUCGUAUUAUCAAAUGAUCUUAGAAAAAAUUAAUCCCUAUAACCCUAGGCAAUUGGGCCCAGAAAGUUUGAAUGAAUUGUUCAAAAUCAAAUACUUAUAGCAAAACAAACAAACAAACAAAAAAAAAAAAAACACUAGUACCCAGUUCUUCUAACAGUCAUAGUAAGAUUCUUUAAUUUUUUUCUCAUCUUGCUACCCUUGCCUUACUGUUUUUGGAUAUUUGUGUAUGUUUACUUGAAAAGAGUUGUGCUUACCAGGGUGCCUUCACAGAGUAAGUGCUUUAUAGAUGUUUCUUGAAUUUAACAA